UUCUCUAAAAUAAUGGAUCUGUAACCCUUUUGUUCUUCUGCACGAUCAUACAUUGUGCCACAGGAGGGGGACCAGGCUUCUCGACUAUCUUAGCAUGAAUGUAAGAUUGAGCAGAUAUUUUUAUCUUGCAUGAGUACAUUGUUCCCACUGGACAUGGCUUUGUUUUAUAUUGCUCGGGCUCAAACAUUUCGUAAGUUGUCUUCUCGACUUCCUCUACCAAAGCUUUGUAGCCUCUAAUUUUAUCCAGAAUUUCUGGUUUCUUUUCUCCAUUCUUUGGUCGAUCAGGAAGGGGAUCUUCAAAGCUUUCAAGUCAGCCCAUCGGUAAUGGUUAUGUCUUAAUUAUAUUAUUCAAUAAUA